AUGUCGCAAAUGAGAGUCCUUAUUGUGGGGGCUAGCAUCGCUGGUCCAACUUGUGCGUACUGGUUUGCCAAGGCUGGAGCAAUUGUUACGGUCAUCGAGCGCUUCCCUAGGAUGCGCACCGGUGGACAGAACAUCGACAUUCGCACAGCUGGCGUCUCGGUGAUGCGCAAGAUGCCGGGCAUGGAGGCCGCCGUGCGAGCCAAGAUAGUGCCGAUUGACGGUAUCAGCUUCGUGCGGAGCGAUGGCCGGCCAUACGGGGUUAUUACGGCAACCGGCAACCCUGACCAACAGUCACUUGUCUCAGAGUACGAGAUCUACAGGGGAGACUUGGCCCAGAUUCUACACGACUUGACAAAGGCAAAUCCGAGCAUAAAGUACAUCUUCGACGAACAGGUCGCGUCACUGCGUCAGAGUGAAAAGGAAGACGCGCCUGUCCAAGUUAAAUUCGCCAAUGGCACACCUACGUCCGAAUACGACCUCGUUGUAGCCUGUGAUGGAGCAACAUCUAGAACACGAGCCAUCGGCCUCGAUUGCGGCGUCAGAGACCACAUGAUCCCAAUCAAUUCCUGGGCAGUAUUCGGCACCAUUAAAGAAGACAUUGUGAAAGGGAGCAAGGUCGGGCAAGCCUACAGCGCCGUCCCGGGCAAAUUCGUCGCAGCUGGAGUCGAUCCUUCCGGUGGCAACCGAGUCACGUUCAUGAGCAUCCACCCUCGCAAUGAUCCCGACAACGCCAUGCCACCGUUUCGCGAGGCCAUGAAGCAAGGAGACGAGGCACUCAAGCAGUUCGUGGCUCAGCGCUUCCGCGGUUCCGGCUGGAAGACGGAUGAGCUGCUCAAGGCCAUGAUGACGGCAGAAGACUUCUACGCCAACGAGAUCGCGCAAGUCAAGCUGCCGAGCCUGCACCGGGGCCGCUUCGUCCUGGUCGGUGAUGCAGGCUACGCUGCCGGCCCGACCGGCGGCGGCACGACCCUCGCUUUGGCAGGUGCCUAUCUGUUAGCCGGCGAAGUGUGCAAGCACAAAGGAAACCUCGUUGCUGGCCUCAACGGCUACGAAGAGCAGAUGAAGCCGCUGAUCGCCGAGCUGCAGAAAAUUCCGACACUGAUACCUGGGGUUCUCGCACCACAGACGGCGUGGGGUCUGUGGCUGCGUAACAACAUCUUUGCUUUUAUUGUUUGGACCAGAGUGUUCGAGGUUGCGCAGAAGUAUUUUGGCGGCGCGUUCGCGAGCGCCGAAACUUUUCCACUGCCCGAGUAUGACUGGGAGAGUUGA